GCCCGGCGCCCGUUCCAUCCUCUGCUCCCCGUGGGCCCCCUCGCGCGGCUGGUGGCUGGCUUGCUCCCCGGUCGCGGCCCGUGGGGACGUUCGCAGGCGAGCGCACCUCCGCGCGCGGAAGAGCCCCGGGCUGGGAGGCUCCGAGUGAGCGUCGAUUGGUUGACGUGGUGACUGCGCGUCGGGCCUGAGAAAGUCUGGGCGAGCGCGCAGAGUCGGUUCCUGGGGCGGUGCGGGGCGCAUCUCAGCUAAUCCAAAAGUAAAUGAGGAACUUAGAAAAAGAUUGCCAACUCCAGAUCAACAUAUUUAGAGAAAAUUGGAAAGGAGACGCUUACUACAGCUUUAUUUGAGGACUUUUUAAAGAACGCAGAGUUCUAGCUGUGAGCUUCAAAUCUUGGCGCAGAAACCAGAGACAUUGCCAGAGCAAACAGGAACGGGAGUACAAAUGGACGACCGGUCAAAAGACGUAACCCACGGUUAUCUUGAACAAGAGACCACGGGGAGAAAUAAAAGUACACAGCCAGAUGAGCAACUGCCUGUGAAUUCUAAGGGAAGCAUGCAUCAGAAAUCCAAUGAAUUAGUUAAUGAAGCUACAUAUGAAGGCAUAGAAUUGCCAGAGGAGAGAUCAAGGAAUUUUCAAGUCAUCAGUCCUCAUCUAGGUGAUGAGACAGCUUACUGCACUACAGAAAAGUUCAAUUUUCUUUAUUACAGCAUUAUGGAACAUAGAAAUAAUGAUUUGCAUUACAAAUGUAUGAUUCCUUGUCAAGUUACUUCAGACUUAAAUAAAGAGGAGACAAUAGCAUUGCUUCUCAAAGAAUUGGACAUUCUCAAAGCCAGCAAUAAAAAGCUUCAAGAAAAACUGACUAAAGAAGAUAAAGAACAGAGAAAACUAAAGCUUAAACUGGAACUCCAAGAAAAAGCAACAGAAGCUCAAAUUGCUGAAAAAACAGCAGCUCUGGUUGAAGAGGUGUAUUUUGCACAGAGAGAACGUGAUGAAGCUAUUAUGUCUCGACUGCAGUUAGCCAAUGAGGAGAGAGAUGAAGCAGUUGCACGAUCCAAGCAUAUGGAAAUGUCUCUAAAACUGCUAGAAAAUAUUAACCCUGAAGAAAAUGACAUGACAUUACAGGAAUUACUGAACAGAAUAAACAAUGCAGACACAGGGAUAGCUAUUCAGAAGAAUGGAGCUAUAAUUGUGGAUAGAAUCUACAAGACCAAGGAAUGUAAAAAGAGAAUAACUGCAGAAGAAAUGAAUGCAGUGAUUGAAGAACGGGAUGCUGCUUUGUCUCAGUGCAAACGGCUAGAGCAGGAGCUUCAUCAUCUGAAAGAGCAGAACCAGACUUCAGCAAACAACAUGAGACAUCUGACUGCUGAAAACAAUCAAGAACGUGCUCUGAAGGCAAAGUUGUUAGCUAUGCAACAAGCCAGAGAAACUGCAGUUCAACAAUACAAAAAACUGGAAGAAGAAAUCCAGACACUUCGAGUUUACUACAGUUUACACAAAUCUUUAUCCCAAGAAGAAAAUCUGAAGGAUCAGUUUAACCAUACCCUUAGUACCUAUGAAGAAGCUUUAAAAAAUAGAGAGAACAUUGUUUCCAUCACUCAACAACAAAAUGACGAACUAGCUACCCAACUGCAGCAAGCUCUGACAGAUCGAGCAAACAUGGAAUUAGAGCUUCAGCACACCAUAGAGGCCUCCCGAGCAGCCAAUGACAAAGUUCAGAAGUUGGAAAGGCUGGUGGACGUCCUGAGGAAGAAGGUUGGAACAGGGACCAUGAGGACAGUGAUCUGACUGAGAAAAAAACGACAGUCUGGGGAAGCAAUCACAUCUGGUGACCAGGCUGCUUCAUUCAACACUGUGUAAACACUAAAGCCUUAACUUAGCAAACAGUUGUUAGAAGUGGGACACUCCAACCACAUUCCAAGCUGAGAUAAAAUCAAAUCACAAAUGUUUAACCACUUUGCUGCUGACUUGAGUUAUUUAUCCAAAUGUAUUAACUACAGACUUUUACCAAUGGGUAGCUAUAAAGUUGCAGCUUAUUUUGUAACUAUUUUAUAUCUCACUGUAUUUAAUAUAAAUAUUUUUGCUGAAAGACCAUUAUAGAAACAUAGUAAAGUUGGUCAGGAUCAUAUCUUCACAUAUGGCCCUUUCUGAAUCAAAAUACAGCAAAGUAAAUAUUGCCUAAACCUUAAUCCACUGUGUUAGGUCAAAACUUCAAAUACAUACAUUUUUCAAUGUAGAGUUUAUUUCUUAACCAAUGAGAGAAGCACAUACAUAAGAGUGUAUAGUCUUCCUUCAAUGCAUGCAUGUAAUCUUUGUUAGUUUUAAAGAAUAUUAAGUAUAGAUACCAGAAAUCAAAUGUAUAAUUUGCCUUAAUAAGAGUUUGGUAUAUUAAAAUUACAUUAAUCAAGGCAUGAUUUUUCUUUCACUACAAAUAAUGCACACUGUUUUCAAUAAAAAGAGGGUAUUGUUAAUGUGUACUUAUAAA